CACGGUUCCACCUAACUUACCUAGUAGUAGGCUAGUACUACUACCUAGGUACUGUAGUAGUACUGUAGUAGACACUUUAUUUUACAUCUUACAUCCCUGUUUCUUAGUCUCAAAAUCCUAGGUUAGCACAGAUGAUUUAGAUGUGGAUAGUCGAUUUCCUAUUCGAUUUCCAACUCGAUUUCCUACCAUUCCCAUGUUAAUGCUAAUCAUUGAUGCUUGCAAAAGUGGCCAGAGCCAGUUGAAAUCUUUGCAACGUCUUCUAUCGUAACUCUUCUCCUUUCGCCUCCUCCUCUUAUAGUUCUUUCUAUACCUCUUUACCUUGUGUUUCCGCACGUCGCGGUCAUCUCACCUUGUGCUGCGUUCUGCGCACACACAUGAGAACAAGUUUGGUUUGUAAGGUCAGACGAAUCUAAUGUGCUCGGCCUAAUUCCCUUCUCCCUCCCUUCUUCUCCCAAUGCCUUUAUAUCUUUCUUAGCCGCUGGUGCGGAGGAAGGGGUGCAGGAUUAUCAUCAUGGUUCCUCCUGCGAAGGAGAUGCUUUCCCUGCUGUUGCGACCAAGGCAAGCUGCUAGACGCGUCGACUCGGCGCGUCUAUCUAAUUCAAAUACCAAUACGCCCUCGCCUGGUCCAGCGGGCCAUGAUUAUGGUGAACAGCGACAUGCUAUUGCGGAUUUUACCGAAGGGGACGACGAUGAGGAAGAGGAAGAGGACGAUGAUUUUGAUGUCGAUGAAGGGCCUUCCGGGCCUCGGAUAAAUCGACCCUUCCAAGAAACGAAUGCGCGCAGAAACUCGGCUUCACUUAUCCCUCUAUUCUCUACUCAUUACCUGGAUGCCUUACCUGUCUACAACGUCGUUCACGCCAUCCGAAUUCUCGUCCAGACACGAACCGAGACCAUGCUAACCUGGGAUCAAAUUCGAUCUCCUCAAGUUUCCCAAUUUCUUGUAAAGCCCAUGCAGCAGCAGAUUCGGACGCAGCACUUUAGUCGUGUAACUCUCUAUGCGCUUAUGGCAAAUUCUCUACAGUUUGGAAAGGAAGGACAGCUGUACCCAGGUAACGCGGGUACAAGUUUCACAAGGGCAAGGGUUUGCGAGCUGCUGGCGUUGAAGUUACUGAAGGAAUAUACCACGAGGGAACUCAUCGACGCAUUGUCCUACGACUUUUACCCACUUCAAGGGGCCCCCGAAACACCCACAUCCCCCAAUGCGAGGACUUCUGACAGUAAAGGCCGCCCAGCUGCAGCUCGGUCUUCAACCCUCGAGGUAGCUAUCCGUGCCUCGGCCAAACACUUCCUUGCCCAUCCGCUCGUGGUACAGCAACUCGAGGCUAUCUGGAAUGGUGCAAUCAGCUUCUACUCAUCUCAAGAUAAUAUUCAUCGGAUGCCAUCAACCUCAAUAAAGUCGGACAGGAAUGCUCCAAGUAAUCCUGCCGACUCCCGGACACCCCUCCUUGGUCACCCUGCUAAAGAACAGCAAUCUCAACUGCCACUCCAUGCCAUACCUAUUCGACGAACUGUUAAUCUGUAUGACCCACGUCAAGCUUCCCCUUUAAAACUGUCCCGCCUUCGUGUUCCACGGUAUAGACAAUUCUUAUCGACCUGCUCUUUAUUUAUAUUAAUAUGCCUGUUUCUCGCCGUCCUGAUAGAACGUUCUAGUCGUAUCACCGAGCUAGAACUAAUAUUUUGGUUCUGGAGUGCAGGUUUCAUGCUCGACGAAGUCGUCGGCUUUAAUGAGCAGGGUUUCUCGUUGUACAUCAUGAGCUUCUGGAACAUAUUUGAUCUCGGGAUAUUGCUUCUCCUUAUCAUCUACUAUUGCAUGAGAGCUUAUGGUGUCUUCCUGGUUGAUCCCCACCAUUGGAAUGAGCUGGCCUAUGAUGUUUUGGCAGCCAACGCAAUUCUCCUGCUGCCGCGUAUUUUCAGUGUUCUAGAUCACUAUCGAUAUUUUUCCCAGCUCCUGAUUGCCUUCCGGCUCAUGGCGGUGGAUCUGGCUGCUGUGUUCAUCCUCGUAUUGAUUAGCUGUUCCGGAUUUUUUGUCUUCUUCACACUCUCACGGACUUCAAAUGAUGCUCCCGAUGUGGCCUAUAAAAUCUUCCAGAUUUUGAUGGGUUUCACUCCUGCGGCAUGGGACGUAUGGCCAGAGUAUACUUACCUAGGUAGGACGAUUCUGGUUUUCUUCUUGAUCAUGUGUCAUUUCCUUGUCGUAACGAUCUUGAUUACCGUCCUGACAAAUUCCUUCAUGGCAAUCGCAUCGAAUGCGAAUGAGGAGCAUCAAUUCUUGUUUGCAAUCAACACUAUAUCUAUGGUGAAGAACGACGCGCUAUUCUCAUACGUCGCUCCAGGGAAUAUAAUUGCCUGGAUGCUCACGCCAUUGCGAUAUGUCUUGCCCAUAAGACAAUUCGUGGUUUUGAACCGUACUGUCAUCAAAUUUACUCACUUUCCUCUUCUAUUCUGCAUAUUUCUCUACGAGAAAUACUUCUUAGCCUCGUCAAUAUACGAGCCGACAGAUCUGGUUGAGAAUCAGGGACGACAAAGAAACAGAGGAAUUUCAUUCACUGAUCCUGCUAGUAGGGGAGCAGCCCUCUUCAGUCCGAAUAUGCGCACACACGAAGAGUCAGUUGCUGGGAUCCAGAAAGACCGUGCUCUGGACGAAGUCUUCCGUCGACCACCUGAUGUUAGCACAAUACGAAACCAGAGGCGACAAGAGAGGAGGAAGACGCAGACAGCAAUUCGAAACUGGAUGGACCAGAACGAUGAGAUCGGCGAACGUCUAUCGCAUUGGCCAACAAUUGACAGCCGUCCUAGUCCGUCGCAACGACGAAUGAGCAUGAGCCGUGAUUAUCCCAAGAGGUUCAGGCAUGUCUCUGACAUUCGAUCGGCUGCAAGUGACCCUGCAGACCUUGCAUCAAAUAGCGCAUUCCCCCUCUUCAAUACUAGGGAACUCAAUGGACAGAUUGAUAAACAACAAGCCCAGUAUCAGGAUCAAACUGAAGCCGAUGGUGACGAUGAAUUCGUAACGAAUGACGAAGAGGAAGACGAUGCAGGGGUCGCAAGUCGCCGUGGAAGCAAAGCUGCUGAACAAGAGCAGGAAGACUACUUCACAACUUCAACAUUACGACGUGGAACGGUAAAUCCCUCUUCUCUUGGCUCCUCUCCGCGUCACCAGCACUCAUCCAUGGCAUCACCCCGAGCCGGUAAUCCAUCCCGUCGCCAAGGUUUGCAUAGCCGUACGAUGUCUACGAACACGAUUCUCUACGCUCCACAGGGAUCUGGUCGCUACGCACUAAGCCCGUCCUCGAUCUCCGAGGAACCAUCGGGGGUCCCUUCCCGGCCCCGACCUGGUCGAUUGACUAUACCGGUGGAAACUUCGGAGAAAAGCGGCACAAAAUCACCGCGAAAGAUACAAAAUGGGUCCAAUGUUCCAGUCCGGCCAAGGCCAAUACCCGCGAGGUCGGUACCGAAUCGCUCCUCUCUGACUGCUGCCGAUCCUAGAAUCCGAAAGCUCUCGUCUAUCGACGCAGACAUCAGUUCUGACAUGGGUCUUGAUGUCCAUAACUUUGGUGCUGUGCCGUCCUCCUUCGCAACACAAAUGGCCAUGGCCACCGGCCAGCUCAAAGCGUGGAAUCAAGCUGGCCGAGACCGUGAUGAUGCUGAUAGGAUGAGUCGAUUGGUUCUGGCCAGGAUGAAGACUCUGGAGGAGGGCUUCGCAGACGUCGUCAAGGAAAUGCGGGUCAUGAGGAGCGCAGCUCCGACGGCCCAGAACUCGGGCGACGAUCUCAGCUUCAAAACUGGUACCAGCAGCGAGAUACCGAGUAGUAGUAAAGGUAGACUGAGCAAGGUGGCGAGCGAGAGAAGCCGGCCCGGGAGUGCCAGGGAUCAGAAGGCCGGUCUUGGUACGGUCACACCGCAGAGUCAGAAGGCUAAGGGGAAGAAUAAGGGCAAGGGUAAGGGGAAGGAGAUGGCGAAAUCAUGGUCGAGGUCGCAAAGUGAAAGUGAAGGGUCUGGUUCACUUUGAAGUUGAAGAAGGGGGAAGAGGGGGUUCGCUCUAAGUGUGAUGUUUCCUUUUCAUCAUUUCUUUUAAGCCUCAUGCGCUCCAUGGGAAGAGGAGACAUGCUCGGCGAGAAUUCCAUGCAUGCAUUUUGGCGUUUUUUUGGCCUGGUUCAAAAGGUUGGGGUGGGGGGGAUAAGGUUGAACUGGCUCGAAGUUUUCAUACGGUACGGUACGGUACUAUACUGCAUUGUAUCAUAGGGGAAGGGGUGAUCUGGCAUACGAAUGUGCGCCUAUAUGGCAGCUCUGCACUUUUAUACUACUACAUGGAAGAUUGAUGGAUGGAUUGAACUGAACUGUUUAUAAAACGGACGGCUUACGAGAGCUGAACUACGUUUCUAAUGAGGAAAUCACUUUGCCAU